AUGAUGGUGUCUUCUGACUUAUCAUCAUACGAUUUUGAUGUUAAGGUAGAAGAGGUUAAACUUCGAAAAAAUUCAUCUGUUAGAAUAAGACCUGUUGUUAUUUAUUAUGAUUUAUCUGCUAGUUUUUUAACUCCUAAAAAUGGUGAAAAAAGGAGAUCCUCUAUUUUUAAGGCUGUUGAUACAAGUUUAAUAUCACAAUUUGGUAUUGAUGAAAAUCAAAAUGAAUUUAAAGUAUCAUCUAAUGUUAGAGCUAAUGUAUCAAAAAGAGAAAAAGAUUUAUUAGCAUUUUCUAGAUCAUUUAAAAAAGUUAAAAGAAUCAAAAGUUUAGGUGCUAAUGUUCAUCAUGAUAGAAAAAAUAAAAAUAAAAGAAAGUUACAGGAUUAUUAUGAUCAUAGUUAUAUGCAAAAUGAACGUGUCCUUCGUCGUUGUUUUUCAAUGCCUUCAACUUUGGAUAGUAACAUUAAAAAUGAUACCAAAUCAAUUCCCCAAAUAGAGGAUGAUAAAAUUAUUUUUAAUGAUUAUUUUACUCAUUUACAUGAUUUUUUAUUUUUAAAUUCAAAACGAUUUCGUUCAAAUAGUUGUACACCAAUGAGUGAAGAAAAAAAACAAUUAAUUAAUGUACCAAAUAAAAAAGAAUUAUUAACACCCUAUCAGAGAUUUUGUAUAUCUCGAACAAAUAAAUCUUUCAGAUAUAAUAAGACUACAUUACUUGAUGCAAAUGAAAAUGAAAAUGGUGGAAGUGCAUUCUAUAAAAGUAUCGAUGCUAUGCCAAAUAUGAAUAUUAGUACAACAAAAAAGUCUAUUCCACUUGUAUCAGAAUUAACAAUGAUGACAAAACGUGCUCAAGCUGGUUUGGCUAAUGCUGCAAAGACAACAUUUGGAAAUGAUGAAUUAAAAUUACUUGUAUAUAGAAAAACACUGCAAGCAUUAAUAUAUCCCAUCUCUGCCACAACACCACACAACUUUAGACCAGCAAAUUUUCAAACUCCAACAUUUUGUAAUGAAUGUGAAAGUUUACUAUGGGGUAUAGUACGCCAGGGAUUACGAUGUAGUGAAUGUAAUAUUAAAGUUCAUGAAAAAUGUCGUGAUUUAUUAUCAUCAGAUUGCUUACAUAGAGCUGCUGAAAAAAGUUCUAAACAUGGUGAAGCAGGAAAAGCUCAAAAUUUAAUGGCAAUUAUAAGAGAUAGAAUGAAAAUUCAGGAAAGAAAUAAACCAGAAAUAUUUAAAAUUAUAAAGUGCACUUUUGGGAUGAGCGACAAAAUUCAACAAGAAACAUUAAAAGAAGUCAAAUCAUCUAUUUUAGAAGGAUCUUCUAAAUGGAGUGCUAAAAUUCACUUAACUGUUGUAAGUGCCCAAGGCCUUAUUGCUAAAGAUAAAACGGGUAAAUCAGAUCCUUAUGUUACAGCAACUAUAGGUAAAGUUAAAAAAAGAACAAGAACAAUUCAUCAAGAUUUAAAUCCUGUUUGGAAUGAAAAAUUUACUUUUGAAUGCCAUAAUUCUGCUGAUAAAAUAAAAGUUCGUGUCUGGGAUGAGGAUAAUGAUUUUAAAUCAAAAAUAAGGCAAAAAUUAACUAGAGAGUCAGAUGAUUUUUUAGGACAAACAAUAAUUGAUGUUCGUACAUUAUCAGGAGAAAUGGAUGUAUGGUAUAAUUUAGAAAAAAGAACUGAUAAAUCUGCCGUCAGUGGUGCAAUAAGACUUCAAAUAAAUGUUGAAAUAAAGGGUGAAGAAAAAAUUGCUCCAUACCAUGUACAAUAUACAUGCCUUCAUGAACAUUUAUUUAAUUAUCAUUAUGGUUUGGCGGGUGAUGAUAUAAAAUUACCUGAAGCAACAGGUGAUGAUGCAUGGAAGAUAUAUUUUGAAGAAAAUUCACAGGAGAUUGUUGAUGAAUUUGCAAUGAGAUAUGGAAUUGAAAAUAUAUAUCAAGGAAUGACACAUUUUGCAUGUUUAUGUACAAAAUAUAUGUGUUCUGGUGUUCCAGCAGUUCUAUCAACAUUACUUGCUAAUAUUAAUGCAUUUUAUGCUCAUGCAACAAGUACAUCAAAUGUCAGUGCUAGUGACAGAUUUAAUGCAUCUAAUUUUGGUAAAGAAAGAUUUAUUAAACUUCUUGAUCAAUUACAUAAUUCAUUAAGAAUUGACUUGUCAAUGUAUAGGAAAUAUUUUCCUUCAUCAUCACAAGCUAAAUUAAAAGAUCUUAAAUCAACUGUAGAUCUUUUAACUUCAAUAACAUUUUUUCGCAUGAAAGUUUUAGAAUUACCAAGUCCACCAAGAGCUUCGAAUGUUGUUAGGGAGUGUGCAACAAAUUGCAUGAAAACUACAUACCAAGCAAUGUUUGAAUCAUGCCUAGAAAAUGGAGCUCCAAGUGCUGAUUCUGUUAAAUUUUGGUUUGACUUUCUUGAUUAUAUGAUGAGAGUUAUUGAAGAUGACAAAAAUAUUUAUACACCAGUUUUAAAUCAAUUUGCACAGGAGCUAAAUAUUGGAAAUUUAAGUGCAGCUACAUUAUGGAAUCAAUAUAAAAUGGAUUUAAAAAUGGCAUUAGAAGAACAUUCUGUAUCUAAAAAAUGUACAACACCUGAAUAUAUGAAUCUUUAUUUUAAAGUAAAAGGUUUUUACUUUAAAUAUGUAGCAGAAUUACCAUUUUUUAAAGAUUCAAUUCCUGAAUUUCCGGCAUGGUUUAUACCAUUUGUAAUGGAUUGGUUAAAUGAAAAUGAUGAACAUUCAAUGGAUAUUUUAAGAAAUGCCUAUAAUAGAGAUAAAGCAGAUAACUUUCCAAAAACAUCUGAACAUACCAAAUUUAGUAAUUCUGUUGUUGAUGUAUUUAGUCAACUUAAUGAAGCUCUAAAAUUAUUAAAACAAAUGGAUUGCCCAAAUCCAGAAGUUUCAGCUGAAAUGAUGAUAAGAUUUUCAAUGACAUUAAAUAAAGUUUUAUUGGCUUAUGCUGAUAUGGUACAAAAAGAUUUUAGUAAAUUUGUUAAUAAUGAAUCAUUAGCAUGUAUAUUAAUGAAUAAUGUUCAACAACUUCGUGUACAAUUAGAAAAAAUUUAUGAAAAUAUGGGAGGUAAAGAAUUAGAUAAAGAUGCAAGUAAUGUUUUAACAGAACUUCAAAAAAAAUUAAAUGCUGUUUUGGAAAAAUUAUCAUUACAAUUUGUAGUUAGUUUAGAACCAAGUAUUCAAAAAAAUAUGAAUUUAUUAGCAAUUAAUUUAAGUAAAGUUAAAGGUCCUCAAAUACCAAAAAAUCAAUUAAAUGUUGAGGCUGAGGUUGUCUAUGCACCAUUAAUGGAUUUAUUAGAAGGUUCAUUAGAAAGAUAUUGUAUUCAAUGUGAAAAAACAGUUCUUAAGAAAAUUCUUAAAGAAAUGUGGAGUGUUACUAUAACAAGUAUGGAAAAAUUAGUUGUUCUACCACCAUUAGGUGAGAAGACUGUAUUAAAUAAACUUCCAAAUGCAAAAAUUGGUGAUGUUACUAAAAUAAUGUCAACACAAUUAAGAGAUAUUAAAGGAAUUGGUUCUGUUAAAGAAAUGAUGGAUAUUGCAAAAGAUAGUGAAAGAAGUUUAACACCAAAACAAUGUACUGUUUUAGAUGCUGGAUUAGAUUAUGUUAAACAAUCUUUUCAUGCUAAUGGUCAAGGUUUAAAAAUGACAUUCUUUGAAAAAAGUCCAGAACAUCAAUCAUUAAAGUAUGCAUUAAGUCUUUAUACUCAGACAACUGAUCAAUUAAUUAAAACAUUUAUAACAAGUCAAAAAACUCAAAAUUUAUUUAGUGAAGAACAACCAGUUGCUGAAGUGUCAGUUGAAGUUGAUCUUUUCUCUCAUCCUGGUACUGGUGAACAAAAAAUAACAGUAAAAAUUCUUGCUGUUCAUGAUGUUAGAUGGCAGACAACAGGAACAUUUAAACCAUUUGUUGAGGUUCACCUUGUUGGUCCAUAUUUAUGUGAUAAGAAAAGAAAAGUUGCAACAAAAUCAAAGACAGGUGUAUGGACACCAAGAUUUAAUGAAACAUUUAACUUUUUACUAGGAAAUGAAGGUGAACCAGAACAUUAUGAAUUAAUGUUUCAAUUUAAAGAUUAUUGUUUUGCCAGGGAGGAUCGUAUUAUUGGAAUUGGUGUCUUACAACUUGGUCAAUUAACUCAAGGAGGAUCAAUAAAUAUGUGGUUACAUUUAGGAAAACGUCUUAACAUCGAUGAAACAGGAUUAAUUCUUCUUCGUAUUCUUAGUCAACGUCAAAAUGAUGAAAUAGCAAAAGAAUUUGUCAAAUUAAAAAGUGAAAUGAGACAUGAAACAGAACCUAUAAUGUCAAGUUCAGCGUCUAAUCAACAAUUAAAGUAA